GUAAGGAAAAGGUUAAGAUGGAAAGAAAAAGAUUGCUCGUAGGUGGGGAGACAGAAUAGAAGGGGGGAGAAAGAGUGAUGAGGAAAACCGAGUCCAAAUGACCAAUUUCAUGCACAUACAACAGAGUUUUUUUUGCUGAUUUUCUCUCAAUUCUGUAGAUUUUUGCAAAAUUUCUGGCAAAAGAUAAAUAAGAGAGGCCAAAAAGAUCCAAUUCUCAUCGUCGGCUCCACCUCACAACAAAGAAGCCUGCUGAGAUCAGGAGUCGAACGGGCAGGUUUGAAUUCUUCAAACCACAAAGCUUAACGUACAUUAAAGAGAAGACUGAGAGGCUGAAGAGAGCAGUGCUGAGUAUAAGUGUGAGAUGAGAGAAAGGGGAGGGUGGGGGAGAGAGGAAGAGGAAGGUAGAGCUUCAAAUGUAAAAAGUCAAGGACUGAGAACCGCUGCAGAGAAGGAGGCUUAAAAGAAAAAGGAAAAAUAACGCAAAUAAAAGGGAAACUUUGCUGCCUUGCUGAUGAUCACAGCUCAUUGUUGAAAAAACAUUUAAGUGAGGGAGACACAACAGGAGUUUGAACUAUAACGAUGAAGCUGUUGUUUCAGCUCCGCUUCCUGGUUUUAGCGAUUUCUUCUGUUUCAAGAGGACACAGUGUAACAAGCUCACCACAAGUUGCAUCUCAUGAUUCGCAGGAUCAAGAUUCUGCGAACUUCACAACAUGGCAGAGCCUCAACCAAACCAAUGACAACCUAGAAAAGGCGCCAGACAAUACCUCAAUGGCAACACCGACACCAGUGCCGUCGGGCCCAACCUCGCGACCAUCAUCAGUAACCACGGUGACAUUUCUAGGGGGAGAAUUGAGAGAAAGCCCCACCGAUGAUUCAGUUUCAACAUCAAAAUCUUCUACUUCAUCCAAACCAGUGUCUGUUGAUAAAAGCGGCACCUCCUGGGGUUAUGUGAUCCUGGUGUUGAUAAUCAUUCUGAUUAUUGUGCUGUGUAUUAUCCUUUUCAUGCUCAGGAGGGCAUCCAGGACAUACUCAUUUGAUCUCCAGCGCCCUGCACCCUGCCGCAAUUUGUAUGAGCCCACUGGCACCUUUGGACAGGUCUACCUGGAUGACCUUGGAUCUACUCACAAAGAUGUGAUCUCUGAGGAUCUCUCCACCCCACCGGUACCGAACGGCACCAGUCCACCACUGGAGGAAAAGGCAGCCGAUGAAGAGAAUGCUCCUCAGGAACAGCCUGGAGCAAGCGACCCGCCGAACUCUUCCUCCAGCAGCUCCAGUUCAUUAUCAGGAGACGACCAAACCGAGAAGAAAUCCAACCAGAUGAGCAGCAACAACUUGUUCUUUGAUGUAGCCGAGGAGCUGCCGCAGCAGCAGCUGAAUGAAAACAACAACAAUCCAUGUGGCUCCAGCAACCCAUUUGUUGAAAUAAACCUGGAUGAGCCGCCAUGGUCCGAUCAGCUCCUAACUUCUCCUCAGCCGACCUCCUCGGUCCUCCCCUUCUCUCCUUUCUCCUUCUCCCCCUCUUCAACAUCUUCGUAGCCCCCAGAACAUCAACCUGGGAGCAGAGACUGAACACCCGAAGGAACAGAAGAUCUGUGAGGAUUUCUUUUGUUCUUCGAAAUGCUUCCCUGCUAACUUGAAAUGUCAACAAGCUCAAGGUUAGCUUGAACUGUUUUGAGGUUUUUAAUCCGUUUUUUCUAUUCAUUUUUUACAAAGAAAGCUGGAAAAAAAUCCUGAAAAUUAUUGCAACCCAACAUUUGUGUCAGUCAAUACAAACUACUCAGACUGUUUUGGUUCAGCUUUUGUAAAAAUCAUUGGCUCCAUCAUUGGCUUUCUGUUUGCACUUCAUUGUUUCUCAAACUAUAAAAAUUGCUUGGAGGAUAUUGUCUCCUAAUUACCCUCAACAUGUAAAGUUUUGUAAAAACAUACAUUUAAAAUCUAUAUUUUGCACCUCUGAAUACUUCUUCACAUAAUACCAGAAACCCAAAGGCUUUCAUCUACUUCUAAAGAAUUGUUCUUGGUUGAACUUACAUUUUAUGAAUUAUUUCUUUAUAGAACAAAUUGAACAGCCUCUGCUUUAAUUAAGUCUUUGGCCCAAACUAAUAAACAGCUGUGGAAAGCAUUUGUAUUUACAAGCUUUAUUUUAUGUUACACAUCCAGAUGGUAUUGUUGAUAUUGAUUGAUUGAUAUUGUUCCUAAUAAAUACCGUUUUAUUGUUACUCAAAUUGUAAUGUAUAUGAAUCAAACUUCCUGUAGUUGCAGCACAUUUUUUGUUUGUUUAAAAUAAAAUAGUUUCUUGA